AUGUUGAAAAACAUUCUACUGUGGUAUCUUCAGAUAAGUCUCCUAGGAAUGAGUCUUGGGGGUAAUGUUCUCAUCUGGCCAAUGGAAGGCAGUCACUGGCUAAAUAUUAAGAUAAUAAUAGAUGAACUCAUCAGGAAAGAACAUAAUGUGACUGUCCUUGUUGCGUCUGGGGCACUUUUUAUCACACCAUCAAUUAGCCCGUCUCUGACAUUUGAGAUAUAUCCAGUGCGCUUUGGCAAGGAAAAAAUCGAAAGUGUGAUCAAGGACUUUGUUUUGACAUGGCUGGAAAACAGGCCUUCUCCUUCAACUAUCUGGACAUUCUAUAAGGAAAUGGCCAAAGUCAUUCAUGAGUUCCAUUUGGUGUCCAGAGGUAUCUGUGAUGGAGUUCUUAAAAAUGAAAAGCUGAUGGCCAAGCUGAAGAAAGGAAAGUUUGAAGUACUGAUAUCAGACCCAGUAUUUCCCUGUGGUGAUAUCGUUGCGUUAAAACUAGGAAUUCCAUUUAUCUAUUCCUUGCGGUUUUCUCCUGCAUCUACAGUGGAAAAGCACUGUGGAAAGGUCCCAUUCCCUCCUUCCUAUGUUCCUGCCAUUUUGUCAGAACUCACAGACCAGAUGUCUUUCACUGACCGAGUAAGAAACUUCAUCUCCUACCGAAUGCAGGACUACAUGUUUGACACCCUUUGGAAGCAAUGGGAUUCCUAUUAUAGUAAAGCUUUAGAUGGCAGCCAUUGGUUAAAUAUUAAGAUCCUUCUUGAAGAGUUGAUUCAAAGAAAUCACAGUGUGACUGUACUGGCUUCAUCAGAAACUUUAUUUAUCAACUCCACUCCUGAUGCCUUCAUACAUUUUGAAGAGAUUCCAGUUUCCUACACAAAAAGCCACAUAGAUGAAAUAAUUGAGCAUAUGAUAGCACUGUGGCUAAACCACAGGCCAACACCUCUCACAAUGUGGACUUUCUACAAAGAACUAGGAAAGUUCUUUGAUACUUUCUAUAAAAUUAACCUGCAGAUCUGUGAUGGCGUAUUAAACAAUCCCACACUAAUGGCAAAACUUCAAAAGGGUGGCUUCGAUGUGUUAAUAGCUGACCCAGUAACGAUCUGUGGCGACCUCGUGGCUCUGAAAUUGGGAAUUCCAUUUGUGUAUACUUUGCGGUUCUCUCCAGCCUUUACAGUGGAAAGGCACUGUGGGAAAAUCCCUUCACCAGUCUCUUACGUACCUGCAGCCUUGUCAGAGCUCACUGACCAGAUGUCCUUUGGUGAAAGGGUUAAGAACACCAUAUCUUAUUCUCUGCAAGACUUUAUAUUUAUGUCCUACUGGGGAGGAUGGAAUUCAUACUACAGCAGAAUUCUAGGAAAACCCACCACAUUAUGUGAGACUAUGGGGAAAGCUGAAAUUUGGCUAAUGAGAACAUAUUGGGAUUUUGAAUUUCCCCGUCCAUAUUUACCUAAUUUUGAGUUUGUGGGAGGACUGCACUGCAAACCUGCCAAGGCUUUACCUAAGGAAAUGGAAGAAUUUGUCCAGACCUCAGGGGAACACGGUAUUGUGGUAUUUUCUCUGGGGUCAAUGGUAAAAAACCUGACAGAAGAAAAGGCCAAUCUCAUUGCCUCAGCCCUUGCCCAGAUUCCUCAGAAGGUUUUGUGGCGAUACAAAGGAAAAUUACCAGCCACAUUAGGACCCAAUACGAGGCUGUUUGAUUGGAUUCCUCAGAAUGAUCUUCUUGGACAUCCCAAAACCAGGGCCUUUAUCACCCAUGGUGGAACAAAUGGAAUCUACGAGGCCAUUUACCAUGGGAUCCCGAUGGUGGGAGUUCCCAUGUUUGCUGAUCAGCCUGACAAUAUUGCUCACAUGAAGGCCAAGGGAGCAGCCGUGGAGGUGGACAUGAACACAAUGACAAGUGCAGAUUUGCUCAAUGCUGUAAGAACAGUCAUCAAUGAUCCAUCUUAUAAGGAAAAUGCCAUGAGACUAUCAAGGAUCCACCACGACCAGCCCGUGAAGCCCCUGGACCGAGCCGUCUUCUGGAUUGAGUUUGUCAUGCGCCACAAAGGAGCCAAGCACCUUCGUGUAGCAGCCCAUGACCUCAGCUGGGUCCAGUACCACUCUCUGGAUGUGAUCGGGUUCCUGCUGGCCUGCGCGGCAUCUGCUAUAUUCUUGGUGGCAAAGUGUUGUUUGUUUAUAUUUCAAAAAGUGGUUAAGACAGGGAAGAAGAAAAAACGGGACUAG